CCAAACGGAGUCUCUGGCCCCUUUGCAGGGCGGUGCGUUCUUAGGAUGACCUUAGCUCACCCGUCUUGACAUUUCUCAGCCUUGCUUGUGUUCAACCUCAGCUCUUUUAUUGCUUUUCCUGUGUCAGUAUUGUAUGCGUAGUAUGUUCACCCCAACCCCCGCUCCCACCAUUAACUGCCUUCCUCUCUAUAUGUGUGCUCUACUCUCUUUACCUCUCUCUCUCUUUCCCUCUCUCUGCUCCCCCCUCUUUUUUUACGCUAUCAUUUUCAUUUCAAAUAGGCUCUGGUCUGUCCCUCCCAUUUAAUCCCUCCCUCCUCUUCAUUUCUCUGCUUCACUUCCCCCUGCUCAUUCCCAGGUGUCCCAUAUGUAGCCUUCUUUUCGGGAUACCAGAAACUGGCAAGUACUACAGAAAACACAUGACUGACAGAAACAACAACUGCAGAAAUGGCCUCUCUGUUGCCAAGGAGAAGCUCAUCGAUGCUAUAAAAAGGAUCCAACAUGAGUUGGACGAGUGCAGAGAGGAAGAGUGUGAGAUGUACAUACAGUCCGUUGGAGUAGAGAACUGCUUUGAUGUUUUGGAGCGGGAGGUGCGGUCCGAGUUCCAGAACCUCCACCGUUUCCUGGAUGAGGAGGAGAGCCUGGACCUGGAGCGCCUCAGGAAGGCGCGGCAGAAGCAGGUGAAGCAGCUGAGGGGGAGAGAGAGGAAGAUCGCAGAGCAAGGGAAGGACCUGGAGAGAGCCGUCACGACGCUCAACAGCAAGCUGGCCGAGGAGGACAGUCCUAAGCUGCUCAAAGAAAUUAAAGACCUCAUAAAAAGGUCCAUGGUAAGCUUCGUCCCCCCACGAGAGGUAGAGACCGAGGUCCGAGCAGGUCAAUUUGUGGGCCCUAUCCAAUACAGAAUAUGGAAGCACAUGAAAAGCUGCCUCUAUCCAAACAUCACGGCCGUCACCUUUGACCCCGACACCGCCCACCCCUUGCUGACCGUCUCCCCGUCCCGCGCCUCCAUGUGGUACGAGGAGGACAAGGACGUGGCGGGGUGCCCGGCCAACCCGCGCCGCUUCCACUACUACUACUGCGUGUUUGGCCAGCAGAGCUUCAGCGCGGGCCGCCACUACUGGGAGGUGGAGGUGGGCCGCAAGACCUCCUGGAGGCUGGGCGUCGCCCGCGACGACGUCCCCCGCGGGGAGAUGGCCCACAGCGGCACCCUGAGCGGCAUUUGGACGCUGGCGCUGAAGAGCGGCACGCUGGUGGCGUGCACCGACCCGGAGCCCACGGGCAUCGUCCUGUCCAGCCACCUGCUGCGCAUCGGCGUGUUCCUGGACUGUGAGCAGCGCGAGCUGUCCUUCUACAACGCCGGCAGCAUGGCGCCGCUCUACACCUUCUCCCUCGGGACGGUGGCGGCGCCGCUGGUGCCCUUCUUUAACCCGUGUGACUCGGACGACGGGAGGAACACCGCGCCACUCGCCAUCUUCAGCCCCUCCCUGUGAGGGGGGGGGGGGGGGGGGAUGUAAAGGAUGGUGAAGAUGAUGACGAUGAAGUUGAGGAGGAUCAUUUUAAUAGCGAUGAUAGUGAUGAUGACGAUGAUGACGAUGAUGAUGAUGAUGAUGAUUAUGAUGAUGACAGUGCUGAUUAUGAUGAUAACAAUGAUGACAGGAAAGGUUUUGGACAUACUUAAAAUGUACUGCAUCAUAGAAAGAGGGUAGUUGACACAACCCUUUAUCACACACAACUAUUGAAUCUAGAAGCAUCUGCUAGGGAUCUAGAAAGGCCAAAAGCUGCUCCAUAGCUUCAAAGAGAUGGUUAACGGUGCUAUGAUGUUACUUAUCUAUUAAUAUUUCCGUCACAGUCUUGUGACAUGGCCUGGUGUGACUAAAGCGUGACUAUGGAAGCUAUGCAAGAGAUGACAGCGGCUUGGGGGAGGGGGUAGGCUGAGGGGAAUGUGCUGCCCCCAGGGGGGGGGGGGGGGGGCAUGGGGUGACAUGGGGGUUGUGGUGUCACUCAAACAGUGCGCCUUCUGUGACUGAAGGACUCCUCACCUCCGCUACGACUGGGUGACAGGUGGUAAUGAGCAGGGAUCCCGGCAACCCACCAAUGAGUCACACCACAACACCACAAUAAGAGUCACUGGUCACAAUGAUGUACCGACACACAGGGACGACAUCACAGCCGGCGUUGUAAUUCUUUGCUUUUAUUCUUUGUAACUUCUUAGACAUGAAAUAAAGACAUAAAGUGUUUCCUUUUACAAAAAAAAAAAAAAAAAAAAAA